AUGCUACUAACUGUCCCCACCCUCGGCUAUUUUCGCGAUGCAGACUUUAUUGAGAUCACACAUCAGAUAUCCAGUACUCUGAUGGCUACAUUUGGCAAUGCUGAUCCAGAGUGCCGCGCAGCAUUAGCAUUAACAGCGCUCAAAGCCGGUCAAACCGUCUCGCUACUUGCAGGCAGCACAGGAGGUCCUCUGCCAAAAGAGCGUUGCCAGAUAGUGGUCCUACUCUGCGGCACCCAUAACGCUUCUGCCUCUCUACCGCACCUGGAACGAAGCGUUGUUUUCUUUGUCUUGCAUGAGUCAACUAAUGCGUACCUUCCACCAAUUUACGGUAAGCCCAGCGUUACGUUCGUUUCAGUACGAGUGCGAGAGCGUGCAGCAAGGUGCGGACUCAGUACACCUGAAGUGACAGGCGCUUUUGCAUCGGCGUGCCAGGCAAAGAUGCUUGUGUAG